AUAGGAUGAUGAACACGACGUGCGUGCGGAGUCAUCCACCGAUGACUGACAACUCACAAAAUCUUGUGCAGAGUUUUCACAGAGGCAUGUUGGGCCUUAGAGACAUUACGGGCGCUGCUACUGUGCUGCAUCAAUAUCCUUGGAGCGAUGACCAUGCCCUUGGCGAAGAUGUUCCCUCAUCUCAGAAUCGCCAAUCAGGAUCUUCCGGAAAUUAUGCCGCAGGCACAAAAUGCAUGGGAGAAGAACGUUCCUGAGGCACUGCUCGAUGACCGGGUGGAGUUCGUGGCAUCCAACUUCUUCGAGGACAUACCUGUUGCUGGAAAGGAUGUUUACUAUUUGAGGAACAUCAUUCACGACUGGCCGGACGUCGAAUCAACGGUGAUCCUCCGUAAUAUUCGUCAAGCAAUGGGACCAAACAGCAGAGUGUUAAUUCAUGAUUGCGUGCUCUUCCGCACACUCCAAGAGCCUGGCACAGGAGUUAACGAGUUUACCAAGCGCCCGAACCUAUGUUAUCGAACUCGGGGCAGGCAGUCACAUAUCGUACCAACGAGACAUGCUGAUGUGGUUUUUUUAAUGCCAAUGAGCGAACUUUGGACGAGUUCAAGGACAUUGGUACUCACUCGGGUUUAUGAUCUUGUGGCGACGAUGGUCAUGGAAUUCCGAAUCGCUCAGGACUAAUGCCAAGAACAAUUAUGUGGUAUAUAUUCUGUCAUUGUACACUUUCCUAUGGAAGCCUAGACACUCGUGCUCCUUUAUCAGCGUCACACAUCCGUAGCAGGCAAUAGGACUUCGUACACCGCA